AUGUCAGCUGCCCAGAAGUUGAAUCUGUCUUCUAAAAAGAAGAAACAUCGACCUUCUACCUCCUCCGUCGAGCCACCUCUGUUUGCCACCAGCUUCAGCGGGAUUCUGCAGACCUCCCCACCCCCGGCCCCACCCUGUCUGCUGAGGGCUGUCAACAAGGUGAAGGACACCCCAGGCCUGGGAAAGGUGAAAGUCAUGCUUCGCAUUUGUUCUGCCUUGGCUCGUGAUACCUCAGAGUCCAGCUCCUUCUUGAAGGUGGACCCGCGGAAGAAGCAAAUCACCUUGUAUGACCCGCUGACUUGUGGGGGUCAGAAUGCCUUCCAAAAGAGAGGCAGCCAGGUCCCUCCAAAGAUGUUUGCUUUUGAUGCCGUGUUCCCCCAAGAUGCUUCUCAGGCUGAAGUGUGUGCUGGAACAGUGGCAGAAGUGAUCCAGUCCGUGGUCAACGGGGCAGAUGGCUGUGUGUUCUGUUUCGGCCAUGCCAAGCUGGGAAAAUCCUACACCAUGAUCGGGAAGGAUGAUUCCAUGCAGAACCUCGGCAUCAUUCCCUGUGCCAUCUCUUGGCUCUUCAAGCUGAUAAAUGAACGGAAAGAAAAGACCGGAGCUCGUUUCUCAGUCCGGAUCUCAGCGGUGGAGGUGUGGGGAAAAGACGAGAAUCUGCGGGACCUGCUCUCAGAGGUGGCCACGGGCAGCCUGCAGGAUGGCCAGUCCCCUGGCGUGUACCUCUGCGAGGACCCCAUCUGUGGCACGCAGCUGCAGAACCAGAGUGAGCUGCGGGCCCCCACCGCCGAGAAGGCCGCCUUCUUCCUGGAUGCUGCCAUCGCGUCCCGCAGGAACAAUCAGCAGGACUGCGAGGAGGAUGACCACCGCAACUCCCACAUGCUCUUCACGCUCCACAUCUACCAGUACCGGCUGGAGAAAAGCGGCAAGGGGGGGA